GUCAAUGAUCACAAAAACUUUUGUUUGUGUUAUCAAAAAUCAUUGAAUAAUUAAUUUCUGACUAGUUUACUUAAUAAAUCAGCUCUGGUUGGUGUUUAAACUGCAAACAUGACUCGUGGCAAUCAGCGCGAUUUAGCUAGAGCUAAAAAUCAGAAGAAAAGUCAAGAGCAAGGUAAAAAAGUAGACGAUGGAUUAACACCACAACAAAGACGUGAAAGAGAUGCAAAGGCACUAGCUGAAAAAGUUAAGCAGAAAGAGUCAAAACCAAAAGAUGAAGAAACUUAUAUCAUCAAUAACAUAAGUCACAAGAAAUGCAUUGCUAAACAGCAUAAUCAUAAUAUAAUAACAUGCGGCUCGCAAUAG